GUAUUGUUGAGAGGAGCCGAUCGGAGUUUGCUAGGUGCUAUGCUUGUUGCUGUCACUGGAAACUGUAUGCCGCUAACUGGAAACUGCUGUUUUGGGCUUUGUGUAGCCGUGUAGAUCACAGAUUGUGACCACUGCAAUCUGAGGUUCGGUUCACCACAGUUUAGGGUGGUAGCACGUAUAUUUGAAGUCUUGUGAUGCACCCUUUCGUACAUUGCAUCUUUAAAAGCUUUUCACAGAUUUACCUGCCUGGGAUUUGUUGUCCCCAUCUGAGAACUCUAAGUGGUUUAUAGCUGUGAGCAUAAACAAGGUAAAACAUGCGAUGGUUUUGUUGUCAGAUGUUUAUUUAUUUAUUUAUUUACUUAUUCUUGCACAGUGAUUUGAAUGUUGCAGCAGUUUUCAAUGCUGUUGAGAUUAGUCUCCCAGGUUCGAAAUUGGUCAUGGUGGCGUAUGAGGCAGUGGACGGAAUGGAGAGUUUAUCAUGGUAGCUAGGUGCUGUCAAUUGAAAUCAGUUGGUGUGCACUGGAAAUUACAGUUUUUGUUUUGUUUAGCUAUAUCGACUUGAGGUUUUAGGUUGCCGUAUAAAGGGUGACUAGAGGGUGGAAUAUACCUAAAGUUUUAGCCUUCAAUAGGAGUGCAUGGAAAACAACCAUCCACGUGCCUGAAACUUUGGGUUCCAACUCUAGCCUACUGCAACUUGUUUGGGACUAAAAUGCUUUGUUGUAUAUCUAUGAGAGGUUGUAGGUUGCAGUGCGACACUACAACACAAGGUUUCAAUGCAUGCUAUUUGCAGUAUUGGCGAUUCUAAAAUGUUAACAUGGAAUAAAAUAAGAUAUGAGGCUUGUUUGAAUUUUAUAAUUUAUGUAGGUCAUUUGGCUUUAAGAAAAUUGCUUCAUUACAUUAGGAAAUUGUUAUGUAGCUUUUAUACUGAACAGCUGCAGCAAUGUUAUCAAGUUGCCUGGUCAUGAGGGGACCAAUCAGACGACUAAUAGCCUGGUAUGGAAAUGGUCUUGGUGGCAUAGGAGGAAGAGGUGGUGACAGUCGAUAUACAAAUCGUGCACCAGAUUCUGGACGCGGUGGAUGGAAUGAGGGUUCUGGGAACAGUCGUAGGGAAGGACUGAUGUCAUACAAGCAGUUCAUCCAGGAACUUGAAGAUGAUGUUUCACCAGUUGAAGCGCAAAGCAGAUAUGAGGAGUACAAGUCAGAGUACAUCACAACUCAGAAGAAAGCUUACUUUGCCCUCCAUAAGGAUGAAGAUUGGUUAAGAAAUAAAUACCAUCCUACAAACCUUGAAAAUGUCAUUGAAAGAAGGAAUGAACUGGCAAGAACUACUGCAGAUGAUUUCUUCCUACAAUUGCAAAGUGGAAGUCUGGACACCGGUCCAGGUUUGACUGGUUCGGCAGUGAGCAAAUCAGGAAAUAACAGCAGUAAAAAUCUAGAUGCUGUGGAAGGGGAUGGUAAAAAGGGGAAACUUGGAAAAGGUUCCGACGAUUCAUAUUAUGCUGCUCCCAAGGCUCACCCAGUUAGUUCUGAAGUUCGUCGAAUUCGAAUUGAUAUUGAGCAAGCUCAAGGUCUCAUUUGUAAACUUGAUUCUGAGAAGGGUAUUGAAAACAACAUCCUCUCAAGUAGUAAUCAUGAAAAGCCAGACAUGGAUAAGUCACAUGGUUCAAUGGGGCCAAUUGUUAUAGUACAAGGAUCAUCUACUGUGAAGGGUCUUGAGGGUACUGAGUUGCUGGACACUCUUGUUACUUAUUUAUGGCGUAUCCAUGGUGUGGAUUAUUAUGGUAUGUCUGAGACAAACGAACCUAAAGGCCUAAGGCAUGUGAAAGCAGAUGCGAGGACAUAUAAUGGGGCUAGCUCAAGUGCCACCGAAUGGGAGAAUAAGCUUGAUUCAUUCUGGCAAGAUAGAAUUCAAGGUCAGGAUCCAUUAGAAAUAUUGAAAGCGAAGGAGAAGAUCGAUGGAGCUGCUACUGAAGUAUUGGAUCCAUAUGUGAGGAAAAUAAGGGAUGAGAAGUAUGGGUGGAAAUAUGGAUGUGGAGCCAAGGGCUGCACGAAACUUUUCCAUGCCGCUGAGUUUGUCCAGAAGCAUAUUAAACUGAAGCACACAGACUUGGUGGUUGAUCUAACUUCAAAAGCAAGAGAAGAUAUUUACUUUGAAAACUAUAUGAAUGACCCAAAGGCGCCUGGUGGUACGCCUAUCAUGCAGCAACCUGCUCCAAGGGGAAAAGGCAGACAAAGGCCACCAAUAGAGAGUCGGCUGAGGGAUGAGCGUGGUAAUCAUAGGCUCGACAGUGAUGGGUCCGGUGAAAAUCCCGACGAUCCUGUUUAUGAUUCGUUUGGUGAUCCAACUAUGCAUGGCGCCUUCCCUCCAGAUAUUCCUGCUCCCCCUGUUCUAAUGCCUGUGCCUGGUGCCGGUCCGCUUGGACCGUUUAUUCCCGCACCGCCGGAAGUUGCCAUGCAUAUGUUGAGGGAUCAGGGCGCGCCACCUCCUUUUGAGCCCAGUGGAGGUCCACAUCCUAGGAAAGCAGGGAGGGGCAGCGGCGGCGGCGGUCCUCCAAUGCGUGGUCCGUCCCCAGUCUUCAGUGCUCCUCCGCCUCAUCAUAUGCAUGACCCUCGUCGAAUACGAAGCUACCAAGACCUGGAUGCUCCCGAGGACGAAGUGACCGUCAUGGACUACCGAAGCUUGUAGGCUUGCCUCCAGAUACUCGUUUAGGUAAACAUUACAGUGCGAAAUCAAAACAUCUUGCUCUGUCUAAAAUCACCGCGGAGGAACCCCAGCAGGCAUCUCAGCACCUGUGUCUCGACUCCUGAGCUGUCAUCUUCUCACUGUUUGUGAAACGAAACACACUACAGGACGCUCGACAAAAUAGGCCACCGUGAAACACGGUGUUAGCUCAGUCUGUGCAACGCGAAAGAUUUUCGUCCAUGUUUGAGCACUGUAAAACACUGUUCCCAACAUAACGUCCAGCUGGACAGAGUAGAGUUUAAAUAUGGUUAGUGAGAUGGAUAGUUUGAUGGAGAUAAGAUUUAUUAGGGGAUUAUCUCUUA